UCUCAAUGAAUAUGAAUACCUCAAAGAAUCCUUACUUUAUUCUUUUUCUACACAAUUGUGCUUCCAAGCAUGAGCUUCCAGUGGUUAAAAUAUGAUAUGAAUUACAUCGAUGAGUACCCUGAUGUGUACUGUCAAUCGACUACAGCACCAUGUGAUUUUAUUCCUCAAACUCCACAUAAGAAGCGAGGACAUUCUGCAAUAGUGUUUAAGAGCUAUUCAGUUGAGGAUAUGCAUAAUUUAUGUCCAGGAGACCAAUGUGGGCCUUACUGCAACUACACCGAUCCUUCCUGAGUAAUUAAUGGGCUGAAUCCCACUGAUGGCACGGCUGGUGGAAGAGGAGACCUCCCUACACCUUCUGGUGCUACAACUGGUCUGAACAUUUCAAAUACUAAUUGUCCUGACCAGUGCUGAACAACUGAGAACUGAUACAGAACACUUAAUAAUAAUGGUAAUCAGGUUGAAAACAGUGAAGAGAUAAUGCUUGUUUUUGGAGGAGCUACUUAUCGAGAGAAAACUUUUAACGGAGGAUUACUAUUUAAUACUUGUGAGGAAGAGAGUUUGGAUAGCAAACCAGACGAUCGGAAGAGUUGCUCUGAAGAAAUCCUUAAUGAGCUCUGGAUGUAUUAUAUUGUGAAGAAUGAGUGGGUUUUUGUUAAGCCAGAUUAUCACAAGAUUGAUUAUUCAAGCUGGACAGCUCCUUCAGCAAGAUAUGCUCAUGCAGCUACUUAUAUUGAAAUUACACUUCUCGAGGCUCCUCCUAACGUUAUUGUCAAGAGGAAAUACAUGUACAUUUAUGGAGGAUUCAGCUACGACUGAGCUACAGCAUGAGAAGAUCUAUGGAGAUAUGAAAUUCCCUUCGCUGUUCAGAGAUAUUAUCCAAACUACUCAUCAUCAUGGUGGAAUAGGGGAAAUCACUGGAAAUUAGUCAAGGAGGACCCAGAUAACUCUCCUGGAAAAAGAUGGAACCAUGCCAUGGUCUCCGAUUAUGCGCUAGAAAAUAUAUACCUCUUCGGAGGUAUAGUGUCUGACUUGGAUAAAGAAAAUGUGUAUAAGAAUGAUAUGUGGAAGUAUUAUACUGUCUCUGAUAAAUGGGAACAGAUUAUUCCCUUCGGAAUCAAUUCUAUCUCCAGAAGGGUACAUCUUUGGGAUGGUACCUUUUAAGGACAGGAGUGUCUUGGACGAAACUCCAGAUAAAUUUUAUACGAAAGAUGGAGAUGUGCUGAAUUAUCUGCCUUCAAACACUGAUUCAUCAAAUUAUGUUAAAUUACCAGAGGUAAGAGCGGGCCAUUCUAUGAAUUUAAUUGGAAAUCCGCCCUACUACAUUCUUAUCUCAGGAGGAUUUAAUGUUGUUACAGAAACAAGCAGUGGAACGAGUUACAUAGUCAGGAAGAACCUUGAUGACCUUUGGAGCUUCUCUCUAUUCUCAAAUAAAUGGCACCAAGUGUAUGUAAACAGUCAGACUAACCCGAUUGCAAGGGAAGGAAAUAGGAUGAUCACUGUGAAUCUGGAACGACUCGCUAUCAUGUUCGGUGGGUUUCAAUCAGACACUAUUUAUGAUGAAGCAUGGUACUAUAAUCUAUUCACGAACAUGUGGCAGAAAUUGGAGCCUGAGGUAGACUCUUCGGUGUCAAAUUCAGUAAACCCUCCACCUCUCACUGGGCAUUCUUUGGUUAGCUCAGACUAUGGUGUAAUUCUGUAUGGAGGGAGAACCUGGUAUAGCACUAAUAUGAGCCGGAUUGGGACAGGGGGAGCUAGUGCGACGACUGAAAGGUCUACUAAGUACAAUCUUGAUGUCUAUAUUUUCCCAUUGUUGAACUGUAAGAAUGACUGUAAUGGUAGAGGAACUUGUAGUUUUGGCCGUUGCACAUGCUCAGGACAGUAUUAUGGCAGUGAGUGCCAGUAUGUUAAGUGACCAAAUUCGUUGUGAUUCGUAGAUAUUGAUACUGUGGAUCCUCAAGAGUGAUAUCAUUGAUCAAUGCAUGGAACUUGAUUAGGAAAUGGCACUUGCCAAUGUGACUCAGGGUAUACUGGAGAUGACUGUUCUAUCAAAGACUGAAUUAGCAGUUGCUCAGGUAAUACAUGACAAGAAGCCUCUCCGAUCAGCCAGUGAAUAUGUGAAGAGAGUGAGCAUCGAGGGGCUGAUGACUGAAGUUUCAAGUUUUGACUCAAUAAUUGUGACUCCAGCAACCCUGAUGGUGGAGAUCAUGGAACUUGUACAAAUGGAGAGUGUACAUGAAUAUCACCUUAUGUUGGCGUAGACUGUUCGAUUUAUUCCUACGAUGCAAGUAUUCAGGGUGGAUUUGAAUCGGCUAAGGAAAUUACGUAAUUUUCUUAUAUUGGAGGUAUUUAUAACACUCAA